AUGGACACAGCAGAAUCCACCUCUGAUGAGCCCCUUGUCAGAGGCAAAAGUGGGCAAGAUCUCGAAAAGAUGCUGAGAGAAGUAGGACUAGCAGUUGAGUACUGGCUGCCAAAGCUACAGGAACACCUGGGUGUGACCUGUGCACAGGCCUUACAAUACAUAGAAGAAAAAGACCUCCAGAAGCUGAAAUCCCAGGCACAACAUCCCUGGGAGAAAAGGGCUCUGGAGAAGCUACUUAACUCAAAUAGCCUUUCAAAGUUACAGGAGUCUCAGGUGAAAGUGAUAAAGGAAGAACAGAAGAAGGCCGAACAGGCACUGCAGGAGCUGAGAGACUUGCUAUCAGAGGGGAGGCAACGACAAGAAGAGGAAGUAAGGAAAAAAGAGGCAGAGCUGAGGCAGGCAAUGGAGAUUCCCAAAGAGUACUGGCCACCCCCCGAAAAAUCCUUAAGAGAAGUGAUGGAACAGAUGCAGGGACAACUCAACCUCAUGGAGGCCACACUGUCUCACAGGCAAAACCUCCCAGAUAGAGAUCUCGUGAGAUGGGCAUCUGGAGGGCUGGCCCUGCAGGGAAUUUACAAAAACGGCUACCAAAAAGAGCUUAUACAGAAGAGACAAGAGCUGCUCAGUGUCCCCAAGGAGUUCUUAAUCUCUGGCCCUGAGCAUGGCACACGGAUGGAAACCAGGGAAUUUACAUCUUCUCAAGAAGAAUCCAAGUUCACCCAGAUGACAGAGAAGCUGGGCUUCAGUGUAAUUGCCUCAGCCAAGGGCGGAGGUUGGGGAUUUAGCCUGGAAGCUGGUAUGGAGCUCAGCAAACAUUCAGAAUCCAAGGAAAACCAACAAUCACGUUCUGAGCACUCCUAUUUCUGCUCUACCAAGUUCAGCUAUGUCCCACUUGCCUCCUGCCACUUUCCCAUGGAUCAGCUCCAGUUCUCCAAGGCUGCUCUCCAGGAACUGAAAUGCAUUGAAGACAUUCUGGGUCAGCCUGCAGACACAGACAGAGUCCCCUUGCUGAGGCAGAGGACUGAAGCUUUCUUCCACAAGUUUGGCUCUCAUGCCAACCAGGGCCCUCUGCACCUGGGAGGAAUCUACUGGUGGAAAGCCGUGUCAGAGGGUUUCCGAAGUGAGCAGCUGGCAGAAGUAAAGAAGCAGGCAGCAAAGGCCCUAGAUGUUUACAUAACGGGCAGCUACAGUGGCUUUGGACUGAUAGGUCCUGCAGGUGCGGAUGGGUCAUACUCUAGUUCAGAAACUAACACCCAAAGCACAACCUCCCAUAAUCUCCAAACCAAAGUCCAAUUAUCUGUGGCCCAGACAGGUGGCCCACCAGAAGCAAAUGGCUUUCUCCAAUGGAAAGCUGGCCUAGUUGCCAGUAACCAAACCUGGAGUGUCAUUGACCGGGGCCUUCAGCUGGUGCCGGUUUGGGACAUCAUCCUCUACAACCACAGAAGUGAUUUUAAGGAUCCAUGUCAGGUAGCUAGCUUACUGAAGGAUAGCUACUCUGCUCUGACAUGCAUCACUGCCCAGAUCCAGGAUGGAGAAGAAUUACUGAGUGUUGGGAAGGAGGCUGGGCUUUCCCUAGAGGAUGUGAAAUCCUGGAAGGUAUCUGAUCCUGAAGAGCAGCUUAAAAAACUGAUAACUUUCAUGCAAAUAUUGAGUAAAAAAACAAACAGUUACAACGCUUGGGUUAACAUAUGCCUCACAGAUUGGGGUCUGCAGAAUUUUCUGGUGAACACUGUUAACUUUUACAAAAAUUCUUCCAUCUAUGAAACUAAGUUUAUUAAAUCUCAGUUGCGCAGCCUUUUGUAUCCUCACAUCUACAGAGUGAAUAACUUUCCUCAGGCUCAUUCCAUCAUGCAGUGGGCCUUCCAGUCAGAGUCAGAAGAAGAGCACAUCAACAUCUCCCAAUUUUCUGAAUUAAUUAAAAUCUUAAAGAAAACCCACAAUGACCUCAUGGAAGUGAAGAAUUUGCCUAAGUCUGCAGAAACAGUAGAAGAAGCUCAAAGAAAGGCCACUUAUGAGGUCGGUUUGUCUCUCGGCUGCUUCUUGAAUUACCUCCAAGAAACAGAGCAGGCAGACACACAGCUUUUGCUACUUUCCAUUGCAGCUGGUAUAGGAUAUGAUGUGGUAAACAAACAGUUUCAGUAUCUCCUUGGGUGUGAGGAGUUACACUUCCUAGUGCAUGAAAUGCAAACUGCCCAAGAUAAAUACCAGGAGCUCAAAAACAAUUGCACCUACAGAGCCCAGGCAUUCCUGGUGCUCACAGGUCUUACAGCUACCAUUGGAGUCACAGCACUUUCUCCAGAGGAGAAAACACAACGCUUGGCAUUAAUAAGGCAUCUUCUGGGCCAGUCUUUGUCAAAAGAAGUUGUCCAUGUCCUCUCCAAACCUGGAGCAGAUCAUGAUUGGGAAAACCUAGAGAAAGACUUGAGAUUGCUCAUUGAUGGUAAUUAUGAAGCCACCAUCAAUUCAUUGCAAAUGGAUGAGAUAAGUAAAAACUUGCAAAGUAUUUUCCAUGAAAGGAAAGAACCUCAUGAAACACAUGAUAAUGAUAAUAUCAAAAGGGAAGUCAUUAAAGAUACAGCGUUCCUAGAUUUACUCCAGCAUCUAGGCUUAGAUCAUUUCUACCCAAAGAAGAUGAGCAGAACUAACUUCCAUGUGAUCAACAAGACUUCUGUGUACAACAGCCAGCCCAGAUCUGAAAGGGAGCUUCCCCUAUAUUUCCUUCAGAAACUACAAGUUCUGGAUUAUGGUCUGAGAUACCUGGUCUUUAGAGAUGAUGGAAACACACAGAAUCAAUUCUAUCCAAGUGCCUCAAAUCAGGAAAAUGAGGCUUUUGACCCAUAUGAAGACUUGUUUGAAGACAGGGAUACUCCCAUUAACCCUUCAUCCUCUAAUCCUAGGCCCCAUAUUAACCCUAUGGAUAUUCAGAUGGCAAUUCUUCACUGUGCAGAUGAUUUUGCCAGACAGUAUAUUUUGUCCAAACUUUCCAUUUGCCAGUUUGCACUCCCUCUUCUCAUACCUAAUCCCUGCAGUUCUCAAAUUGAUUUCUCUCUCUGGUCUCUCAGGCAAAUUAGAAGGAGCUGGCAGGAAGCAAGGAAAUCACCAAGAGUGGAGAAGAUCAAUUACAAGAAUAAACUGAUGUGUCAUGUCUCUACCCCCAUUGUGUCCUUUAUACGAGUUGGAAAUGGCUUCUCUGCUUCCAAAUCUCAGAUCAUGAACUGUCUUCUCAGUAAACGUAAACAUGAUGUCUUUUUCCACCGACAUUGCAGAGGGAGCACCAAAGACUGUCUCUUGAUGGGGGGAGUAGUGGAAAUCUGCUGGUUCUGUCCUGGAGGGGACGAUGAGGACAGAUUUGACAACUGUGUGACCUUCACCAAUCUCCAUGGAGAUUCCACUCUGCUGAAUGCACUUUUUGGGCUGCAGUUCACGGUCAGUGCUGGGAGGUGUACCCGGGGGGCCUACAUGCAGCUCCUGAAGGUCGAGGAGACUUUCACAGAUGAACUGGGCUUUGACUUUGUGCUUGUUGUGGAUACAGAAGGCCUUCGGGCCCUACAACUCAGCAACAAAUCUAAAAAUCGUGACAAUGAGUUGGCAACCUUUGUCAUUGGACUUGGAAACUUGACUCUAAUCAAUAUUUUUGGGGAAAAUCCAUCAGAAAUGCAAGAUAUUCUACAAAUAGUAGUUCAAGCAUUUAUGAGGAUGAAACAAGUAAAAAUCUCCCCAAGUUGCCUUUUUGUCCAUCAGAAUGUGGGGGAAGUCACAGCUAAAGAUCAAACUAUGGAAGAAAGGAGGGCAUUAGAGCAGAGACUAGAUGACAUGGCAGCAAUAGCAGCUGAGCAAGAACAGUGCUCAGAUGUAACCCGCUUUGGUGAUAUCAUUAAAUUUGAUGUCAAUACUGAUGUCUUCUACUUUGCUCACCUCUGGGAUGGCAAUCCCCCAAUGGCCCCUCCCAAUCCUUGCUACAGCCACAAUGUGCAGGACCUGAAAAGGAGAAUUCUUAUGGUUGCCAAACAGGAGUCUAGGGGAAGCAUCAUGAAGAUCUCAGAUGUGAAAUUGCGAGUUCAAGAUUUGUGGAGAGCCCUAGUGAAUGAGAACUUUAUUUUCAGUUUCAGGAACACCCGAGAAGUCAUAGCCAUGAGCAAAUUGGAAACUAUGUAUAAUUCCUGGACCUGGGAGCUGAGGAAUCACAUGCUAGACUUGCAGUACCAGCUCAUCAACCAGAUUAAGAAUGGGAAAAUCCAGGAACUCACAGCAAACACUCUUCGGGCUCCAGUUACAGAAAAAUAUAAAGCCAUCAAGCAGGAACUUGAAAAAUACUUUAAAGAAGAUCCAGAGAGUGAGGUAAUUAUUCAGUGGAAAGCAAGUUUUGAAAUUGAACUAGAAAACCUUAAAGAGGCACUUAUUUUUGAGUGCAAAAAUAAAGCUGAGGAACUCAUCAGUUAUAAAAAGAAUCAAGAAAUACUGGAUAACAAAAAGUCAAGUUAUGAAAAGAAAUUAUUGGAAAAAAGCCUAGAAUUGGCUUUAACUCUAAAAGAGAAAGAAUUGAGUGAGAAUGAGCUUCAUGGCAAAUUCAAUGAACUUUGGGAAACAUGGGUCUAUGAUGUGUCCUCAAAUAUCUCUCCAGUCCUAGAGCCUAAUAUCGAUUUGGAUUCUGAAAACAUCCUUUUGAACUAUUUUAAAAAGGAGACAGACAUGGCGAAUAUACUGGAGAAAAAGUCUAGAAAAAAGUUUGAAAUAAAUUAUGAGAAACAUGUCAAAAUGAGCAAAUAUUUUAAGAUAAUAACAAGGUACUUAGAAGUACAUGAUAAAGAGUCCAUAAAGAGGACUACUGACCACAUUUUUUCAAGAUACACUGAAACUAUUAAAAACCUCCAGAAGCAACAAUGUGAUUACAAUCCAAAUUAUUUCCAUGAAAUCCUGAACAUAAUAGAAGAGGAGGUGAAACCUGUAUCCACUGAAGACAGAUACACAUUUACAACUAAGUACAAAAUUGACUUAUCUUUGUGUUUAUUCCAAAGAGCAUCUGAGAUUUUUAAGGAGAUGCAUAGGGCAUUCAAAAGAGCAAAUGAUCCUGUAAAUUAUUUGAAAAGCAAGAAAGAUGAUUUCCUCAUGAGUUUUAAGAUCUCUUGUCAAGGAGCAACCUCAAUCAAAACAUUUGUUGAAUUUCUGUUGGAAAAACUCAUUCCUGCUGUCUUCGACACGAUUCAGGGGAAAAUGGCCCCUAAAAUCGCUGGGGACAUGCGAGCUACCUGCCCAGCAUUCAGUGGAAACAGAGCUAACCUGGAGAAACACGUUCUUAUCUCUCUGGCAGAAAAAGAAAAUUUUGAUGAUUACUGGGAGUACAUUCAUAAUGCAAAAUCAUUUUUUAGGAAUUACAUUCAAAACCAUAUUAAAAGAUAUUGUUCAGAACAAAAUAACAAAAUAAAGACUUUUUUAGAAAUAAGUAUAGGUGACAUCAAGAAUGCCAUCCUCUCAGCUAUUCAUGAAUCCACAGCAAUAGCCAAAGAUAAAAGCAGCACUGCGUCUGGGUGGUUGGAUUUGUUCUGUGAUCACCUGGGGAGUAACUUGAACUUCCCACGAAAAGACUUGGUAAGCAUUGAGCACCAGGAGAUAAACAAUAUUGAGGUUCUCAAACAAGUUAUGAGUGAAGCUUUGGAUGACUUAAUGUUCAGAGCAGAAAAGAUAUGUUUGAAUAUGCCUGUAGAAGACAUGGUUCCUGAAAUUGAGAAAAUGCUCUCUGAACAUCUCUGUGGCUGCUGGAAACAGUGUCCCUUCUGUGAAGCAAUUUGUACAAACACAAUCCCUAACCAUGAUGGAGACCACAGUGUUCCUUUCCACCGUCCUAAAGCUGUCAAUGGAGGCCAAUGGGUUGAUACAGACCACUUUAACAUUGACUUCUGUACUAAUUUGGUAUCAAGUAAUUAUUCUUUUGUUUUAAAUGGUCGUGAAAUCCCAUUUAAGACCUAUCGACAGGCAGGAGGGGAAUAUGCCAAAUGGAGCAUCACCCCUGACACAUCCACCCAGACAUACUGGAAAUGGUUUGUCUGUCACUUCAGAUCAAACCUAGAAGAAAAAUAUCAGAAAAAAUUUUUAGGUAGAGGUGAAAUCCCUCAGGCAUGGACCAAGAUCACAAAACAAAAAGUGCUUGAUGACUUGGCGUAGCAAUAGUACUCAAUGCCCACAAAAGAGUACCAGAAUCUAAACAACAGUCACAGUACCUGAACAAUCCGAAAAACCUACUCCUCACAAUGAGAAACUUUUUAUUUCCAUUUUUC